UCCACAUGCCUUAGAGGAAAAUGUACUUCUCCACAGUCUUCUCUGCUGUCUGUCUCUGUCGCAACUCUCCGUCUGUCUUUACAUUUCACAAUUCACUUCACCGCUGCUUAACGUACAAAAAUGCAGCUUUAUUCUAAACGGAAGUACUUGGGGAUCCCUGUUUUUUGACAAUCCUUGGAGACGUCUUCAAGAAAGACUAAAAUGGACAAUCAAAGCUGCCAUUACAAUGAGUCCAUGGGCUUUUUCUACCACAAUGUUGGUGCAGAUGACAAGUGGUACAAAACCCAGCUCAUCAUGGUUCAGGUGGUGGGCUCUUUAUUUUGUUGCUUCAUCCUGGUUUCAAACGCCAUGGUCAUCGCAGCUGUCAUCACCAACAAGAGGUUUCACUAUCCCUUCUACUACCUGCUGGCCAACCUUGCAGCAUCAGACUUCCUGGCAGGGAUUGCUUAUGUGUAUCUCAUGUUCAACACAGGUGAAAUAUCUCGAAAGCUGACGGUCAAGGGCUACUUUAUUCGACAAGGUCUUUUGGACAUCAGCCUCUCCGCAUCUCUGACUAAUUUACUUGUAAUAGCUUUGGAGCGCUACAUAUCCGUUUUGAACUGGAAAGUCCAUAGCAACCUUACCAAGAGGAGGGUCACCUUACUCAUUGUGCUUGUAUGGGGUAUUUCAAUUUUCAUGGGAGCUGUGCCUAGUCUAGGUUGGAACUGCAUCUGCAACCUCAAUGAUUGCUCCCAACUUGCCCCCCUUUUCAGCAGGAGCUACCUCAUCUUUUGGUCAGCAUCUAAUUUGUUACUGUUCCUUAUAAUGGUGGCAAUCUACCUAAGAAUUUACACUUACGUAAAGAAGAAGACGUCCAUGCUGACACCUCACACCAGUGGAUCCAUGAACAGAAAGAGAACGCCCAUCAAGCUCAUCAAGACAGUCAUGGUGGUUCUUGGAGCUUUUGUGUUCUGUUGGACCCCCGGGUUGGUGGUCUUGUUGCUGGAUGGUCUCCACUGCACCACCUGUAAUGUCGUCAAACUGAAGCGCUGGCUGCUGCUGCUGGCUGUGCUCAACUCCGUCAUGAACCCCUGUAUCUACUCCUACAAAGACGAAGAGAUGUGGGCCACGUUCAAGAACCUUUUGCGUUGUAUUGGAAAUGGCACCAGGAGACAGCGCUCUACAAAAGCGAACACCAGACCACACAGUUCUGGACAGGACACAGGCACGAGCAGCCAGCCCCCGUCAGAGGAGAUGAAACAUGAUGAACAGGAGAUAUUGAAGGCGUGAAAAUAAGCUAUGAAUUAAUUUUUGUGUUUUAAACAUUGAAGCUAACUUUGCAUGCAAGGAUGUUGUCUUAACGUCUGAUUAGAAUUUCUUUUUUUAAAGACCCCCUGCUCUGACAUAAAUGUGGAAGCUUUUUUGGAUAGUCGUUAAAACACUGGUGCACUAUGCAUUUUGAACAACAUCCUUAUGAACGCAUGGAACUUCUAUACUGUAUAUAAUGUCUAUAUGAACAAUGUAUAUGGACUUUCUUCAGCAAAUAUGCAUGUGAUUGUUAUGUAUGAAAAUGUAAUUACUUAUUUAUGGUCUACUGUUUUGUGUUCAUAAUGUUUCGAUUGUACUGUUGUUUAAUGCUUGAGAAUAGAGGUGGGCCAUAGUGACACAAAGAAUUAUCUCAAUAUUUUUGGAGUUGGAGUAUACAAAUAAUCCUCAGUGAAAUCAAGCUAUAAUGCAUUUAAAACUUGUUAUAAAACAUAUUAGUUAAUUAACAGAUAAAAGUUGAACUGUUAUCACAAUUUGAACAGACCUACAUAGUGCAGAAAUAUCACUUUAUAACAUUUGACUAUGUGCAAAGUUUGCUCACCACUACUUGAGAGCCAUUUCACCUGGUUUUCUCAGUGUCAUAGAUCACACUAAAGAAACACACAACUCCCACUAGGAUUUUCCAGUUUUUGUCACCCAUUUGUGCUCAUUCCCCCUUUGGCUGUUAGCAGUGCAUGCAGACCAAACUUGUUCUACCUGUAACACAAUCAGUCUGUAAUGGCUGGUGUGAUGCAAGACAGCACACCUGAAAGUGCAGAGCUGUAAAAAUUGCGACACACUGGAUUGAAGGGUUCAUUAUGUGCUGUGUAUAUUUGUACCUGUGUUCACUAUCUGGCCCAGAGGCUGUGUGAUGAAUCCCUGCCUAAACAGUAAACUGCUGUAAAGUGUUCAUGUCACUGCUACCAUUCCUGCUGUCCGGAUGUGAUGACUUCAUUGUUUUUACCUGACUGAAACUUGUAUUCCAUGGAUUGUACUCUGUUCUUGAUAAGCCUGUUUGUAGCUCACUAAAUACACAAAUACAAAACACCAAA